AUGGUGGACGCCAAUCAGGCAUACCCCGCAUCCACAGCUAUCCGGAUCGGCAACGAACUCGCCGCUUAUGACAUCACCUGGUUCGAGGAGCCUGUGAACGCCAAGGACGUGGACGCCUAUCUGCAAGUACAGGCAGCCGUUCCCAUGCCUGUCGCGGGCGGCGAGAACCUCCGCACCCGCUACGAGUUCAAGGAUUUUUUUGCCCGUCGCGCCUACGACAUCGCCCAGCCUGAUGUUGUGAACGCAGGAGGCAUAACGGAGAUGCGCAACAUCGCAAUGACAGCGAAUUCUUAUGGCAUCCUCGUCAACCCACAUGUAUGGGGUUCCCCCGUGAUGAUUGCCGCCAGCCUUCACCUCGCAUCUACGAUACCGCCAUGCCCGCCUGCAUACGAACCGCGCCCCUACGAGCAGGAGCCGGUGAUGGAGUUCGACCGCACGCCAAGCGGUAUCCGCGAGGGCAUCACCGCUGAACCGUUCGAUCAGCAGGACGGCUUCAUCACCGUUCCAACCGCGCCCGGCCUCGGCGUCGAGAUCGACGAAGACGCUGUCCGCCGACUCGCAUCGGACUAG